CCACAAGAUUGAGCAGAGCCAGAGACAUUGCCAUCUCUCUCAACACCUUCAUCGGAACUACUCCAGACAAUAAACGUUGCAUGCUCAUUUACAAAGAUGGAGACGUUCAACGACAUUUACCUCAACCUCUCCAAACAGCAUGGCGUCGCUCGAUUCGCGGAGUCUGGCUGGGGAUGGAAACCCUCUGGCGGCGGCGACACUUUUACCCUGGAUCAUCAGCAGAUACUCUCGGCGCAGUGGAGCAGAGCGGCCCGGGGUUACGAAGUCAAGCUUCUAACUCGCGCCGAUGGAGUCAUUCAGCUAGACGGUUUCAAGCAGGAUGACUUUGACCGCGUCGCAAAGCUCUUCAAAGUCUGGUACGGCAUCCCCCUGGAGAACAAGGAGCACGCGCUGCGAGGUUGGAACUGGGGGAAGGCGGAGUUCGGCAAGGCGGAGCUAUCCUUCAACGUGUCGAACCGACCGGCUUUCGAAAUUCCGUACACGGAGAUCUCGAACACGAACUUGGCGGGUAAGAACGAGGUAGCGGUGGAUUUUUCUCUGACCGAUGGGGAUGCGAAAGCGAAUGGCCUGGGAGGCGCUCGCGGGCGGGGGAAGAAGUCGGCCGGUGCAAAGGACCAGCUUGUGGAGAUGCGCUUCUAUAUACCUGGCACGGCGUCUAAGAAGGAGAAGAACGAGGAUGGCGAGGAGGUCACGGACGGUGAGGAUGCAGAGGAGCAGAACGCGGCGCAACUCUUCUACGAGACUUUGAUGGACAAGGCUGAGAUUGGUGAGGUGGCUGGCGACACAUUUGCCAGCUUCCUGGAGGUUCUGCAUCUCACACCCAGAGGACGCUUUGAUAUUGAUAUGUUCGAGACUUCGUUUAGGUUGCGAGGCAAGACAUACGACUACAAGAUCCAGUACGAUGCAGUCAAGAAGUUCAUGGUUCUGCCGAAGCCAGACGAUAUCCACACACUGAUCACAAUCGGCCUGGAUCCCCCGCUACGGCAAGGUCAGACGCGGUAUCCGUUCCUCGUGAUGCAAUUCAAGAGAGAUGAGGAAGUCAACCUCGACCUGAACAUGACGGACGAGCUCCUGGAGACCAAAUACAAGGAUAAAUUGCAGUCACACUACGAAGCACCCAUCGCCAUGGUCGUUUCCGACAUCUUCAAGGGCCUGUCAGGCAAGCGCAUCACGAAGCCGUCAAGAGAGUUCGUCAGUCACCACGAGCAGGCCGGUGUCAAGUGUUCCAUCAAGGCCAACGAGGGACAUCUUUUCUGCUUGGACAAGGCGUUCAUGUUCGUGCCGAAACCCGCGACGUAUAUCAGUAUGGAUAACAUCGCCUCGGUGACGAUGUCGCGUGUUGGCGGUGCCAUGGCGGCGAGCAGGACUUUCGAUAUCACCUUUACCAUGAAAGGAGGCAUGGCCGAGCACCAGUUCAGCAACAUCAAUCGCGAAGAGCAACAACCGCUCGAGAACUUUUUCCGAGCCAAGGGCAUCAAAACCAAGAACGAGAUGGCGGAUGACUCAGGAGCACUCCUUGCAGCAGCUCUACAAGACGACGACCUCGCUAGUAGCGACGACGGCGGUGCAGCGCGCGGGAGUGCCGACGAGGACGACGAGAGCGUCGACGAGGACUUUGAGGCCGAAUCCGAAUCCGAUGUGGCCGAGGAGUACGACGAGAACCAUCAAUCUGACAGCGAUGACGAGAUGGCCGAUGGAGAUGAAGGGGAUGCCUCGGGCGACGAGGAGGAAGAGCAACUGGUGGAGCGCCCGAAGAAGAAGCAGAAGACGGCGAAAUGAGAGGAUUAGGGAUACCGCGACGACUGAUGCGGGGAGCAUAUCUUGAUCGAGACUGCGUUGGUUAUUCAGCUUUGUGGUAUCUACCUCAGCAUUUCUUACUUCUAAGUUGCGUACUGCUCAGCCCGGGUUCGGGGACAGCAGCGCUGAUAGUGAUUUUCCUUUGGGUUGCAAGCAGCAUUUCAUGGUGCGUCCUUUGGCGUGCGGAGAUUAUCCAUCGGUCAGGGUUAUCGCUUCUCGGAGGCGUGUAUACUGGGUACAUGUCUGAAUAGAAUCUUGCUCUACUUAGUCAAACUCCAUUCACCAUCUU